AUGGAUCGUAAAAAACUUAGUGGUGCUGGAUACCGGUUAAAAGCCAAAGAAAAGGCUAGACAAAUUGCUGAUGUUGUUGUCAAGACUGAAAAUAUUAAACAAUUUUUUUCUGUUUCAACCUCUAAUUCUGGAGCUAGUGUUACUACGGAUUCGACAGUGCUUGAUAAUUCUAAUGAUGGAGAAAAUAUUUUAUUAGAAGCAAACAAUGAUAAUAUAUUGGUGAAUGUUGAUCAGUUUAAAGCACCCAGGUACUGUUCAGCCAAUUUUUUUUAUACAGUUCUUAUCAAUGGUGAAAGAAUUCAAAGAAAUUAUCUUGCAUACUCUCAAAGUACAGGUGCUAUUUUUUGUAUCCCUUGCAAAUUAUUUGGAGCAAAUUCUGCUUUUGCUACAAGUGGAUUUUCAGAUUGGAAAAGAGCGAGUAAUAGAAUUGCAUCACACGAGCAAUCGCCAGUUCACAAAUCAAAUACAUUGACUCUAAAAAAUCGAGGAACAUUAACAAAUAGGAUUGACAGUGGAUUAUUGGAUCAAAUUAAUGAUGAAGUUAAUUAUUGGAAAAAUGUUUUGAAAAGAGUGGUUGUAGUGGUAAAAACCUUGGCAAUAAGAGGAUUAGCUUUUAGAGGUAACUCAGAGAAAAUUGGAUGCCCACACAAUGGAAAUUUUUUAAUGUCAAUGGAAUUAAUAGCACAAUUUGAUCCAUUUUUAGCAUCACAUAUUUCUAAAUAUGCUAAUAAAGGAAAAGGGUCAACAUCAUACUUAUCGUUCCAUACAUAUGAACAAUUUAUAACUUUAAUGAGUGACAAAGUAUUGGAAAAUAUUCUAAAAGAAGUCCAAACAGCAAAGUAUUUUUCAAUAAUAGUUGACUCAACACCAGAUAUCUCCCAUACUGACCAAUUAUCAUUAGUAAUAAGGUAUGUUUUCGAUGGGUAUCCUAAAGAACGGUUCAUGUGUUUUUUAGAGAAUACUGGUCAUAAAUCUGAACAAUUGGCUGAUAGUGUAUUAACCACUCUUGCAUUAUAUAACAUUGAUUUAGCCAACUUGAGAGGACAAUCUUAUGAUAAUGCAAGUAACAUGUCAGGAGCUUACUCAGGUCUACAGGCAAGAAUCAAGGAGGUUAAUCCACUAGCUGAGUAUUCUCCAUGUGCUGCACACUCUCUAAAUUUGGUUGGUAGUUGUGCAGCAAAUUGUUGUGACGAAGCCUGUCAUUUUUUUGAACUGUUACAAGCAGUAUACUGUUUUUUUACGGCAUCAACUCAACGGUGGGCAAUGUUGAAUGCAAAAGUGACGUUAAAAGGUUCAGCUCGGUGGUCGGCUCGCGAAGAUGCUUGUAGAUCACUUAACAAAAAUUGGGAUUUGGUCAUUGGAGUGUUGAAAAAAAUUUUGGACGAUACUAGUCAAAAACCAACCACACGCUGUGAAGCCAAAGGAUUAUUGAAAAAGUUAAACCGCCUAGAAUGUGCUCUGAUGGCUGUAUUUUGGGGUGAUAUUCUUGAAAUUUUGAAUAAAACAAGUAAAAAGUUACAAUCUGUUAGUAUUGAUUUAAUCACCGUUGUUCAGCUUUAUGAUUCAACAAUAUAUUAUGUUAAAUCGGCUCGCAAUAGAAAUAGAUUUAUGGAUUAUGAAAAUUCUGCUAAAGACUUGUCUGGAUUAAGUGACUAUAAAGAAAAUGAGAAACGAAAAAGAAGACGAAAGUUACCACAUGGCGAAACCAGAUCCAAUGAUGUGACAUUAUCCGGCCGAGAAAAUUUUAUUGUAAUGACAUAUUUUUUUAUACUAGACAAUUUACUAUCAGAGUUACAAAAACGCAAGUCUGCUUAUGAUAAUUUGGUAAAAAAAUUUUCCUUUUUUCAUAAUAUAACACAGCAUUCAAUUAAUGAAAUUCGUAGAAGUGCUAAGGAAUUAUAUGAAGCUUAUCCAAAUGACCUAAAUAUAAGUUUGGCUAGUGAGGUGGUCCAGUUACAAGGGUACAUCCAUAGCUUAGGAACUUCUGACAAUAAUCCUCAAACUAUUUUGGAACUCAUGUUAUGGAUAAGAAGUAACAAUUUCAUAGUUUUGUAUCCAUACGUAGAAAUUGCGAUACGUAUUUUUUUAUCAACAGCAUCUACUAACUGUUCAGCUGAACGUUCGUUUUCUGUUCUAAAACGAGUAAAAAAUUAUCUAAGGUCAACAAUGAAUCAAGAAAGAUGUUCUGCGUUGGCUUUAUUGACAAUAGAAUCUGAUAUAACCAGUAAAACAGAUUUCGAAGAAAUGAUAAUUUUAUUCUCAGACCUUCAGUCAAGGAGAAAGUUAUAA